AUCAGAAAGGAAGGGAAGCCGGCUCGGUCAGGACUCCGUCCUCUCCGCUCCUCUUGGAGGAAAAAAGAGCUUUUGUUUGGUCGUUUUCUCACAUAGAUGCUGCGAGACAAAGGAUCUGUGGACAACUUUCUUCCAGUCUAGUAGCGUUUUGAUUUCACUUGAUGAAAACAUUUUUUUUUUCGGUUGUUCACUUACCUUCUCUCAACCUCGUGUCCGCAUCGGUUGUCGUCAUCGUAGCCGUCGUCGUCAAAGCUCCUUCUGGUCAUGUAACCGACCGUCCCGCCUUGUUCUGGAUCUGACCUGGUGAGCCCAGUCGACCCAGUCGGAGUUCUUUUAGCCUCGCAGGUUUCAGGCUCCGGACUCACCUGAGGGUUUUUUUCCAACAUGUUGCGCUGCGUUCUCCAGCGAGCCAACAACCUGAGGCACUCCCACCCCCUGGCUAGUGUCACCUUCAGAGGGUCCAAGAAGAAGACGAAGGUUGUGAAGAACAACCCUAACCCCGUUUGGAACGAGGGCUUCGAAUGGGAUCUGAAGGGGAUUCCUCUGGUCUCCGGAGCAGAGUUGCACUGUGUCGUCAAGGACCAUGAGAAGAUGGGAAGAAACAGGUUCCUGGGGGAAUGCCGGCUGGCUCUCAGAGACGUAAUACACUCUCCCAGCUUGGCCGCCUCCUUCACCAUUUCCCUACUGGACACCAAGAGAAACAACACAGGGGCCACGCUGACCCUUCAGGUGUCCUACGUCCCUCCUCCAGGAUCGGUUCCACUGUACCAGCCUCCCUCCCAGCCUGAGGCUUUUCCCCAUAGCAACCCCAGUGUGGAGCUGGACACCGUCACAAUGAUUUCUCUGGACACGUUGGGUGAGGAGGACACAGAGAGUAUGAUUAUGCUGGAGCCCGCAGAGGAUCAGGGGACUGACGAUGGACGGUCCAUGGUCAUCACAGGCACCCAGGGGCCCACGGGCAAGGAGUCGCCCACCGCCCAGACACCCAAACGUUCCCCACCAUCCUACAACACCCAGGGAGGGCUGAGGAAAAGAAGGAAGGGAGCCAGCAGUCAGCACAAACCUCUGCCCAACAAACCACAGGACCUACAGGUUCGUGUGCGGGUCAUCGAGGCGCGACAGUUGCCGGGCAUCAACAUCAAGCCCGUUGUCAAGGUGACAGUAGCCGGGCGGACAAAGAGGACCCACAUCAGAAAAGGCAAUAACCCGGUGUUUGAUGAGACGUUCUUCCUGAACUUCUUUGAGAUGCCAUCAGACCUGUUUGAUGAGCCAAUCUUCAUUACAGUGUGUGACUCGCGCUCUCUCAGAACUGAUGCUGUCAUCGGUGAAUUCAAGUUGGACGUAGGCACCGUCUACAACGAGCACAGACACUGCUUCUUGAGGAAAUGGCUGCUGUUGUGCGACCCCGACGACCUCUCCGCUGGGGUCAAAGGCUACCUGAAGGUCAGCCUGUUCGUCUUGGCGGCUGGAGACGAGCCACCGGCCGAUAAGCGUGAGUGUGUGGAGGAUAAAGAGGAUAUCGAGGGAAACCUGCUGAGGCCGGCCGGUCUUUCUCUGAGAGGAGCCACGUUCACCCUGAGGAUCUUCAGAGCUGAAGACCUACCACAGAUGGACGAUGCCUUCAUUGACGGGAUGAAGAACUUUCUGGGGUUCGAUAGCAACAGGAAGAACUUGGUGGACCCGCUGGUGGAGAUCCACUUUGCUGGCAAAACAAUCUGCACUAAGAUUCUGGAAAAGAACGCAAAUCCCCAGUGGAACCAGAGUCUGGCGAUGCCUAUAAGAUUUCCCUCCAUGUGCGAGAAGAUGAGGAUCAGAAUCCUGGACUGGGACAGAGCCAGUCACAACGACAUCAUCGGCACCACCCACCUCUGCAUGUCUAAGAUCUCGGCCCCCGGAGGAGAGAUAGACGAUGACUUGACUCCUCGGACCGUCCACUCUGGCAGUACGUCCACCAUCAUCACCAUCCUCUCUACACCUCUUUCAUCUUUCGAUGACAGCCUUGGAUUCCUGCCGACGUUCGGUCCGUGUUUCGUCAACCUGUACGGCAGCCAGAGAGAGUUCACCGCCUUCAACGACCCCCACGAGGCGCUGAACCUCGGAAAGGGGGAGGGCGUCGCCUACAGAGGUCGAGUUCUACUCGAAGUAACCACAAAGCUGGUGGACAAACCGGAGCAGAAGACCGAAGACAUCCCGUCGGACGACCUGCUGGUGGUGGAGAAGUUCCUCCGGAAGAGGAAGUACUCGCUGUUCGUGGCGUUUUACUCGGCCACGCUGCUCCAGGACGUGGACGACGCCGUCCAGUUCGAGGUCAGCAUCGGCAACUACGGCAACAAGUUCGACUACACCUGCCUCCCGCUCGCCUCCACCACCCAGUUCAGCAGGGCGGUGUUCGACGGCUGCCACUACUACUACCUGCCGUGGGGGAACGUGAAGCCGGUGGUGGUCGUGUCCUCGGAGUGGGAGGACAUCCGGCCGAGGAUCGAGGCUCUCAACAUGCUGCUGGAGAUCAUCCACAGACUGGAGGCGAACCUGCAGCGGGUGCAGCUGGAGGUGAAGACAGGAAGUGACCUGGAGGAGGUGGAGCUGCGAGUGAUGGAGCUGCUGGAUCAGGUCAUCGCAGACUGCAGUGAGGAGCUGCCCCCGCUCGACCAGUGGCAGUGCACGACGCCGCUCGACCGCUCGCUGAGGCACGUCCGCACUCUGCACCUGCAGCAGAUCUCGGAGGCGGCGCUCGCCCUCAAAGACGGCGAGGCCACGGAGCUGUCCACGGUGCUGGAGCAGGCGGAGGACUGGGCCAACCGUCUGCGCACCAUGGCCGAGGAGCCUCAGAACAGUCUUCCCGACAUAGUGAUCUGGAUGCUGCAGGGCGACCGGCGGGUCGCUUACCACCGCAUCCCGGCGCACACGGUCCUCUUCUCCCAGGAGCACUGUGGGAAACACUGCGGACAGCUGCAGACCGUGUUCCUCAAGUGUCCGCAGGGCAGCGGUGGAGAGGCCAAACUUCCCGGUCAGCUCAGGGUCAAAGUCUGGUUCGGAUUGGCUGCGGACGUCAAACACUUCAACCAAUACGCCGAAGGGAAGCUGUCGGUGUUCACUGAGACGUAUGAGAACCAGACCCGACUCGCCCUGGUGGGCAGCUGGGGCACCACAGGUCUCACCUACCCCAAGUUCAGCGACGUCACUGGGAGAGUCAAACUGCCCAAGGAGAGUUUUAAACCGUCCCCCGGCUGGAGCUGGGACGGGGACUGGUUCAUCAGCCCCGAGAAGACGCUGCUGUACGACGUGGACGCCGGUCACAUGACCUUCACAGAGGAAGUGUUUGAAAACCAGAUGAGGUUACCGGGCGGACAGUGGAUCGGCAUGCCGGAGGGAUACACCGACGUGAACGGGGAGAAGGCGGUGCCGAAGGACGAAGUGGACUGUCCCCCGGGUUGGACGUGGGAGGAGGUGGAGUGGAGCGAAGAUCUCAACAGAGCCGUGGACGAUCAAGGCUGGGAGUACGGUAUCCCCAUCCCUCCGGACCGCCGGCCCAAGUCCUGGGUCCCGGCAGAGAAGAUGUACCACACCAACAGACGGAGGAGGUGGAUCCGCAUGAGACGGCGAGACCAACAGAAGAUGGACGCCCUCAGGAAGCAGCGUCCGGACGAGGCGGAGCGGGAAGGCUGGGAGUACGCCUCGCUGUUCGGCUGGAAGUUCCACCUGAAGCCGAGGAAGACGGACAGCUUCAGGCGGCGCCGCUGGCGCUGCCGCAUGGUUCCUCUGGAGAAGACGGGUCCUGCGGCCAUCUUCGCUCUGGAGUGUUCUCUGAGCAGCAUCGAGGACAAGAGUGACGACCGGUCGGUCACGACCACGUUCGGCGUCAACAGACCGACCAUCUCCUGUUUCUUCGACUGUGGCACCCGCUACCACCUGCGCUGCUACCUGUACCAGGCCAGAGACCUGCUGGCGCUGGACAAAGACAGUUUCUCAGAUCCCUACGCCGUGGUGUCGUUCCUCCAUCAGUCCCAGCGGACGGUGACGGUGCGGAACACUCUGAAUCCCACCUGGGACCAGACGCUCAUCAUCUACGAGCUGGAGAUCUUCGGAGACCCCGAGGCCACGAUGGCCAACCCGCCCAACGUCGUCGUGGAGCUCUACGACGAGGACACAUACGGUGUGGAUGAAUUCAUGGGCCGCUGUGUGUGCCAGCCCACCCUGACGCCCUCGCCCCGUCUCGCCUGGUUCCCGAUUCGCCAGGGGAACAGGAACGCCGGCGAGCUGCUCGCCGCCUUCGAGCUCAUACGCAGGGAAAAGCCGACAGUUCAUCAUAUUCCAGGUCAAGAGGGAGACGUCACGACCUCCACUCACGUCUUCGACGAGUUGAUGUUUUCAGGCUUCCUCUCUGAAAACCUGCAGCAAUGGCCGGAGGAGUCGGACCUCCCGUACCCGCCCCCUCAGAGGGAACCCAACGUCUUCAUGGUUCCUCAGGGAAUCAAACCCGUUCUGCAGAGAACCGCCAUCGAGAUCUUGGCAUGGGGCGUUCGCAACCUGAAGAGUUUCCAGUUGGCCGGCGUUACCUCCCCGAGCCUGCAGGUGGAGUGCGGGGGCACCAUGAUCCAGAGCUGCGUCAUCCGCAGCGUGAAGAAAAAGCCCAACUUUGACGUCAACACGCUCGUCCUUGAUGUGAGACUUCCUCGUGAGGCGCUCUACAUGCCGCCGAUCGUCAUCAAAGUCAUCGACAACCGGCAGUUCGGCAGGAAGCCGGUGGUCGGCCAGUGCACCAUCCGGUCGCUGGAGGAGUUCCGGUGCAGCCCGGAGGAGGAGCGCGUGGCGAUGGAGGAGGACGGGGAGCAGGAAGGAGGCGAGGGCGGAUGGAGACGUGAGACGCCACGGUUCACCUCUGGGGACGUGUUCGUCGACAUGGACGACGAGGAGCCGCUGGUGCAAGACCAGUUUGCAGAUGGAGCCAGUUCCGCUAUCAUUAACCUUUCAGCCUCUAGCUCCAGCCUCCAUGUGGCACAGUGGGAAGAAGACUUCAUGGACUGGUGGAGCAAGUUCUACGCCUCGACCGGAGAGAUGAACAAGUGCGGGACGUACGUGGAGAGAGGCUUCGACACGCUGAAGGUGUUUGAGCGGGAGAUAGAGAAGGUGGAGGGAUUGGAGGGUCUCUCUGACUUCUGUCAGACCUUCAAGUUGUACAGAGGAAAGACUCAGGACCAAGGAGAAGAUCCGUCCGUCGUGGGAGAGUUCAAGGGAAUGUUUAAGAUCUACCCGCUGCCAGACGACCCGUCCGCCCCUGCUCCCCCCAGACAGUUCAGGAAACUGCCUCCCAACGGCCUCGAGGAGUGUUUGGUCCGCGUCUACGUCAUCCAGGCUCGGGGGCUGCAGCCCAAAGACGCCAACGGGAAGUGCGACCCCUACGUGAAGAUCAGCCUGGGGAAGAAGACCAUCAGCGACCAUGAGAACUACGUCCCCUGUACGCUGGACCCGGUCUUUGGAAAGAUGUUCGAGCUCAGCUGCUCGCUGCCCGUGGAGAAGGACCUCCGCGUGAUGCUGUACGACCACGACGUGCUGACCAGAGACGAGAAGAUCGGCGAGACGGUGAUCGACCUGGAGAACCGCUUCCUGUCCAGACACGGGGCCACGUGCGGCCUGCCGCGCUCCUACUGCGUGUCGGGGGUGAACCAGUGGCGAGACCAGCUGACGCCACGGCAGCUGCUGGGCCGAGUGUGCGAGCGACGGAACCUGCCGAAGCCCGUGUACCAGGACGACGUGGUCCACUUCAGGGGCUGCCGGUACACGGCCGCCGACCUCGACGACAAAAGCGAGUCCAAGCGUCACCUGGGUCCAUUAAAGGAGCGACUGUCCCUCCACAUCUUGAGGAAACUGGGGCUGGUACCUGAACACGUGGAGACCCGGUGUCUGUUCAGUCCACUGCAGCCCGACUUCGAGCAGGGGCGUCUGAUGAUGUGGGUUGACCUGUUCCCCAAGUCCCUGGGACCAGCCGGACCCCCGUUCAACGUCACGCCACGCAAGCCCAAGAGGUUUUUCCUGCGGUGCAUCAUCUGGAACACCAGUGACGUCAUCCUGGACGACGUCAGCGUCACCGGGGAGAGGAUGAGCGACAUCUACGUCAAAGGCUGGCUCGACGGCCACGAGCACAACAAGCAGAAGACGGACGUCCACUACCGCUCGCUGGGCGGAGAGGGGAACUUCAACUACAGAUUCCUGUUUCCCUUCAGCUACUUACCGGCGGAGCAAGUGUGUGUCGUCGAACGGAAGGAACACUUCUGGAGCGUGGACAAAGCCGAGACCAAACUGGCUCCGAAACUCACCGUCCAGAUCUGGGACAACGACAGGUUCUCCUUCGACGACUACCUCGGUCACCUGGUGAUGGACCUGAACCACAUGCUGCGUCCGGCCAAGUCUCCGGGGACAUGCGACCUGCAGCUGCUGCAGCAGUCGGCCGACGCCCUGGUGUCGCUGUUCGAGCAGAAGACGGUGAAGGGCUGGUGGCCCUGCACCUGCGAGGUCAACGGGCAGAAGAUCAUCGCGGGGAAGGUGGAGAUGUCGCUGGAGAUCGUGACGGAGCCGGAGCAGGAGGAGAGGCCGGCCGGCCUCGGCAGGGACGAGCCCAACAUGAACCCUCACCUGGAGGAGCCUCAGCGUCCCGAGACCUCCUUCCUGUGGUUCUCCUCCCCCUUUAAGACCCUCAAGUUCAUCCUGUGGAGGCGCUUCAAGUGGUUCAUCGUCCUCUUCGUCCUCCUCUUCCUCCUCUUCCUCUUCUUCGGCGUCUUCCUCUACUCCUUCCCGAACUACGUUGCCAUGAAGAUGGUGGGACCGUUCGGACCGGCCAAGGCCGCUCAGUGAUGAUGAAGAUGAUGAUGAUGACGAUGGCGGCGGGCGCGGGAGGAAGAUUCGUGUUAUUUCUUCGUUCCUUUGAUUCUGUCUUCCUCCCAAAGUUUCAGAGAGCGAAUGAGAGCAUCAGUGAUGAACCGGUGAACUCGAUCUGACUCUUAUCGGCCACCGUGCGAUUCACUGAUGUGACACGUGUGUGUGUGUGUGUGUCUGUGUGUCGCUUCACCAUCAGUGAGUUGCCAUCAGAUCUCAGCACGUGUCGCCGGCGGCCGCCAGCCCUCGUGUCCUCGCCGUCCCUCCGCCGCCCGCUUUCAUCUCUCGCUCCGUCUCAUCUGCGCUCACGCUGAGAGAAAAGGGAGAAUAAAAAGCUCCGGCGCGUUCCCAAAAAGAAAAGAUAUUCGGAAACAGACUCAGAGAUUUGAGAUGUUUUGCCGCUUGAUCUUUUUUACCGCCCGCUGUUUCCCAGGCGAGAGCAAGAGGGAACAUUUCAGCAAUUUACUCUCUUUGAAUUGUCAGAGUCCACAUCCUCCUCCUCCUCCUCCCUUCUUCUUCUGCCCUUUCAUCCUCCUUCGUUUCUGCUCCUCUUCAUCUCCUCCUCUCUUCCUUCCCAGUCGUCUCCUUCCUCCUCCUCCUUUUCUCCUCCUGCUCCUGUUCGUCCCUCUCCUCCAUCAAAUUCUACUUCGUUUUCUUUUUUUUCCUUCUGCUCCUCCCCUGUUCUCCCUCCUCCUCCUCCUCCUCCUCUUUUCUUCCUCCUGCUUCACUGUGCCUCUGCGUCCUUCACCUCCGUCAUCUCACUCUCUUCUUCCUCCUCCUCUUCUCCUUCCCCCCUCUGAGUUUCCUUCUCCUCUGCUUCCUUGUCCUCCUGCCUCUAAUGAUUUCUGUGCUCCUCCUCUUCCUCCUCCAGUCUUUCAACGCUCUCAGGGUUCAGCAGGUUAAGUCGUGGAUUUGCUCUUGUUGAUCUUUGAGCUUUAGUCGCACAAAGAAGGUUUUCAGAUGGAUGGAGGCAGAUAAGCGUGCACACACACACACACACACACACACACACACACACACACACACACUAUGUUUGAGCAAAUUAACAGUAUUUUCGUGUGUGUCUGUUUGUGCAGAAAUUCCCAAGUGUGUAUUUAGGUGUUUAAGAUCUUCGUGGACGCGCAAACACACACACACACACACACACACACACACACAAAGACCCAUUUAUAUUACGGAACAGGAAGGGUGAAGGACAAGGACUAAUCCACCCAGAUUCUACGGGAUUUCCUGACAUGCAUGUUCAUUUUCGUGUGUGUGUGUGUGUGUGUGUGUGUGUGAGUGUGAGUGUGAGUGUGUGAAUCGAGCCCUGACUAAAGAGACGUGAAGAAGACGGACGGAGAUGAAUAUUUAAAUCCAUCCCGUUCUUCUCUCUCCUUCAGUUCCGUGUCGUUCGCCUCUCGUUUCACUUCGUCCUCUCUGGUCCCGGCCGGAGUGGAAAAACUGACAAGAGACCCACUUGGUUGGUGUUCACGUCGGCCCAAUCACGAGCCAACCGGGACCCGUGAACUAAGAGUCACGCGGAGCCACAGGCGGCUCACUCAUUGGACGCAGCUCCAGUCGCCUGUGGCCCUUAGAGAGACGUACGCACUCCGCUAAUUCAACUUCUCUGGAGUUUUAUUGUCCCAUUAACACACAUUGAGACAAAAAACUGAUUCUUAUCGUCCCGCUCGGAACAUUUGUCUCCUUGUUCCUAUAAACUGGUGCAUUCAGACGUCGCCUGACGUCAUGUUACCGCCCGGUGAGUUAACGGUGGACUCCAGCUCGUGUCCGGCGAUGUUGCCGAUUGUCUGUAAAUACGUGAAAGAAAAUACGUGCAAAUAUCCAAGCGAUCGUCACGUGUGAUCUGAAUGCACCAGAGAGGUGGAGAAGAAACAUUCAUGUGACAGAGCUUCAAAACGUCCUGCCGACCAAACAAAAUGCCUUCAUGCUGCAAAUGUCACCAUGUAUUUCGCCGGAUACGCUUCUUUUUCCUCAGUGAAUACGAUGUGCCUUUGUCCUUUCGCUUCGCUGUGUUGACGUACAGGAGCACGACGGGGAAAAUAUAAUCACACAGAUACUACCACAAAAAGAGAUGUUUCAUUUGUUUGUAGAGCCACAUGGAGACGCAGACUGGAUGUGUUCCACACGCGACUCUCACUUACAUUGACUUGUCAACACUGUUUGCACAUGAUACCAACAUCAUCAAUUAAACUGCAUUGUUUGAUCA